AUGGCGGACGACGAAGACAUCCAUUUGGACGGGAAACCAGUUGAUGACCUGCGAGUUAUAGAUCUGAAAAGGGAGUUGGACAAAAGAGGCCUUUCCAAAAGUGGCAGCAAACCGCAACUAGUAGACAGGCUGAAAGCACAACUUCUAUUAGAAAAAUUGCAAAGUCUACCAGUGGAUGAAGAAGAAACAGUUCCCAAUUUAAAACUGCAGAAUGAUGAAGUUACAGGUCAGAGUGAAUUCAUCAAACAGUAUCUUGAACAGCAAAAGAAGUUGUUUGAAAUGCAGAGAGAAGUGAAGAAAAGAGUGGAAGAAGAAGAAUUACAAAGAAAACAGCGAGAAAGUGAGCAAUCACUUGAUGAAAGUUCACAAGAGUCCACUGAAAAUACAGAUAGAGUUAAAGAAGUUUUGGUAGAUAAAGACAUACAGCAGACCACAAUUGAAGAGAACGUUUCUCCAAAAGUUGACCCUAAGAUUAGAGAACAGUCUAGUCCUAUAACACAUGAAAAUGAUGACAUAAAUUUAGAUGACAAGAAAAGAAAAGAUAGAACUGAAGAAGCGUGUCCAAAAAAUGAUAAAAAAAAAAGAAAAGAAUCUUGGCCACGUUCUCUUAGCUCAAGUUCAAGGUCACAUUCUCGAUCCAGUUCUAGCUCGUCAGCUUCUUCCCGCUCUCAGGCUUCCCAUUCCGGUUCUCACUCUCGGUCCAGAUCAAGGUCGUCCUCUUCAAGUGGCAGCUCUCACAGAGGAGCAGAAAAUAAACCUGCUGAACCUAGAACCAGAUCACAGUCCAAAUCCCAGUCAGAAUCUUCUAGAUCACGUUCAAGAUCCAGAUCAUAUUCGAAGUCCAAGUCUCGUUCGCGGUCACGAUCAAGAUCCGUUUCAAGUUCUCCAGAGAAGAAGAAACAGCCUGCCGAAGAUCCAGAUGAUGUGCAGAAUCCCAAGGAAGAAAUACCUAUGGAAACAGAUAAACCUCCAGCCACAGAGGUAGAAAUAGCUGCUGCCACUAAGGAGCCAGAAAAGGAAAUUGAGGAAAAGGAUGAAAAGAAAGGGAAAGAAGAAAAAGAAGAUGGAGAACUUGCAGCUGAUAGUGAUUUAGAGAAUGAUGUGGCUCAGCGUAAAGAAGGCAAUUCAGUGAGCGAGGGUAAUGAGAGAAUUGCAAAUCUGGGAGCAGUCGAGGGGCGAUCGUCAACAUCAGGCGCUUCUAGCCGACCUCAUCUUCACCGUUGUUCAUCGUCACCUGAUCUGUCAGAUGAGCUGACAGGUCUGAUGCUCUCUCCCUGCAGGGUUGCUUGUUUGUCCAUUCUCUCGGGAAGCAGCAGACAGAGAGCACUUUUUGAGGCUGGAGAGUUUAAAGAUCACUUGACAGACAGCACUCCGAGGACAUCUUUACAAUUGUGUUUGAAAUUGCAACGUGAUGAAACUGAAGGAGAAGAGAAAUCUGAAGAAAAACCUGCAACACUGAUGUCAUCAUCCACAUCAAGUGUUCCACGUAAACGAAAGUGGGGAACAAGUGCCAAACCAAAUAAAUCUACCACAAUUGAUAUUUCCACAGAUUCGCUUAAGGGUUUAAUUCCUGAGAUCAAACCCAGCUCUAUUAAAGAAGCAAUCCUGGAACUAAGUCAUGAUGAGUGUUCUUUCUCUGACCAUGAAGAAGAAAAAACUGAAGUCAAAUUCAGGAGAACUGUACAGAUGAAAGAAGAGGAGGAGGAGAUAGAACCAACACUUUUGGCACGUGAACGAGUAACAGAUCUUGACUUAGAAUUAGACAAGCCAGCCAUCAUUCCUGUGACAACUGGAGCUUCAACUGGAACCAUCUCCGUAGAAAGAGAACAAAUCUCAUCUCAGUCAUCAGGCCAGCAAUCAUCAACCACUGUUGUUGUAUGCAACAAAUCUGCUCUGACCACUCCUGUCACCAUCCGCCGGGUGAGUCACCAGAUGUCAGUGCCAGAGCCUGAAGAGCCCAUGGCAGCUCGCCGGUCUCCGUCCCCAGCUCACAAUCCAGUCAGUAAGAUAAUCCAUGUUCGAAACUUAGUUCGUCCCUUCACUCUUGGGCAGCUCAAAGAACUUUUGAAGAGGACAGGUACAGUUGUGGAAAAUGGAUUCUGGAUUGAUAAAAUCAAAUCUCAUUGUUUUGCCAAGUAUGAAACAGAAGAAGAAGCUAUAUUAACAAGAAAAGCUCUUCAUGGGACCAAGUGGCCCUCAUCAAAUCCUAAGAUUUUACGGGUUGAAUAUGCCACAGAUGAUGAGGUGAACUAUUAUAGAUCUAGAGAAGAUGGUCCCCAAGACAUCAUUCGAGAGAUUCAGCAGGAUGUUACAGUGAAGGCUGUCAAAUCUACUGAAAAAAAUGUACGAGAAAUAAAAAAGAAAGAAGAGACAAAGAAAGUACGUGAAUGGGAUAGAGGAAAAGUUCGAAGGAGAUCACGUUCUGCAUCUCGUUCUCGUUCAAGAUCUCGUUCAAGAGAAAGGAGAAGACGAGCAAUGAGUCGAGAAAAGAGAGAAAGAAAAGAGAAGAAAGUUGUCGAAGAAGAAGCUCCUGCAAAAUUACUUGAUGAUUUGUUCAGAAAAACCAAGACUACACCUUACAUAUAUUGGCUUCCUUUGACAGAGACGCAGAUUGCUGAAAGAGAACGCGAACGACGUCAGCGGCAAUUGGAACGAGAACAAAGACGUCGAGAAUUGGAGAAGCAAGAAGAAGCUGAACGCAAAAAGAGGAGAGAAAUGGAAGAAAAGAGGAAGGAUCGGCCAGAUCGGGAAAGACGUGGUGGUGGAGGAGGAAGUGGUGGUGGUGUUGGAGGAAGUGGAGGAGGCAGUGGAGCUGGUGGAGGUGGUAGUGCUGCUAGUCCAGAUCGAAACCGAAAGGACAAGAGAGAUGACAGUAGUUGGCGCCAGAAUCGUCGACCAGCAUCAAGGAGUCGGAGUCGAGGUCGACGUCAUUAA